UGUUAUGGUGAUUGUGUGAGUUUAUAAGUGGUGUAAUUUUCUCCCCAAACUUCAAGAAGAAUUUUUUUUCUCGUCUCCUUCAGUUUUUCGACAGUCGCAGCAGCAUACAUCUUCGAAAUGAAUUUGGCAGAUUCAACCCCAACUAUGAGCAAAUUGCUUGUCUCCGAAGCCGAUUCUCAAAGAACUCUGUAUCCAUAUGUUACUGGUACCUCAGUGGUUGGCAUCAAGUAUAAAGAUGGCAUUCUCUUGGCUGCAGAUAUGGGAGGUUCAUAUGGGUCUACCCUGCGUUACAAAACCGUGGAGCGAUUGAAGCCUGUAGGAAGGCACUCUGUUAUAGGUGCCAGUGGUGAAAUAAGCGACUUUCAGGAGAUAAUGCGCUAUCUCGAUGAGCUUAUCUUAUAUGAUAACAUGUGGGAUGAUGGAAACUCGCUGGGACCUAAGGAGGUCCAUAACUACCUGACAAGGGUGAUGUACAACCGUCGUAAUAAGUUCAACCCACUUUGGAACUCACUUGUGCUUGGGGGAAUUAAAAACGGGCAGAAGUAUCUUGGGACGGUUAGCAUGAUUGGUGUGCACUAUGAGGACAACCAUUUGGCAACUGGAUUUGGUAAUCACCUUGCCCGGCCCAUUCUGCGUGAUGAAUGGAAUGAGAACUUGACAUAUGACGAGGGUGUAAAAUUACUGGAGAAAUGCAUGCGCGUGCUCCUUUAUCGCGAUAGAUCGGCUGUUAACAAACUUCAGAUUGCAAAAAUCACGGAGGAAGGUGUCACGAUUUCUAAGCCGUAUGCAUUGAAGACUUUUUGGGAUUUCAAUGCUUUCAAGAAUCCCACUGCAGGUGCUGAGGGUUCGUGGUAGUUUGGAUGGUUUCUGAUCUGGGAAGCAGAAAAAAUGAGAUUAUCGUGUGUUUGUCUUAAUUGACUUGAACCAGUGCUGCAUUUUGUAUUUCGUGUACUACUUUGAAACUUUGUCCUGCUGUCCAUAUCUCGCAAAGUUCGUUGUCUGGAGUCUGGUUAAUUUUAAUCAAAUCGUAUGCUGAUGACUAGUAGAAUUGAUUUCUGUUUCAACAAUCAGGCUUGAAAUAGUUUAUAUACUUGUUUUAUCAUUGGCCGAUUAUGUGAAAUAUUUAAGUACUUAAGUACCAAAACGCAAAACCCAGGGACGUGUAUGACAAUUUUGUCCUCCUCUAAUCUCAUUU